GUCAGCGGUUCUCGCCCAAAUGCCCCAAUUCCCAAUUUUUGAUUUUCAACCCUAGCCUGCCGCCCACGAUUGUCUGCGACUCUGGCCGUCACCUGUCGGACGACUUCAGUGUCUCGCCGCCGACUCCGCCUCAUUGUCUCCGGCUCCCCGUGUCCGUGCCUCCGUCUGGUCUCGCCGCCGAAAGCCUACAGUGUGUAGGGCUGUAGGGUUGAAAUGGAUGCAGUUAAACAAGAGAAAGUACGAACGUAUGAGGAAUUUGUGGAUAAACGUUUAAAACCAGAUCUUGUCCGUGCUAUUGGUGAGCGGGAUAAGGUUUUCGAGCAACAAAAGAUAUUCUCGGAUUUGAGACGAAACAUUGAGAAUCUUGAGAAGAAUAGUGUGACAAGUCUUAGAACACUAGUCAAUCUUGGUUCUGAAGUUUACAUGCAAGCUGAUGUGCCAGACACUAGACAUAUCUUUGUGGAUGUCGGACUUGGCUUUCAUGUGGAGUUCACUUGGUCGGAAGCUCUUGAGUAUAUUUCAGCGAGGGAGAAAAAACUGGCUGGGGAAAUAGAAGAAUAUACUCGCCUCAUUGCAUCAAUUAAGGCUCAGAUCAAAAUGGUUUGUGAAGGGAUACGAGAGCUACUCCAGCUUCCUGCAGAUAGCUUCAGAAGUGAAAGAGAUCUUUAGUUUUACAUUGAUGGUGUUGUUACGAUCACAAAGUAAGAUGGACUUUUUUGCACAUCCGAAGUAUCUUUUUUUUUUGUGAACAAGCUGCGCACUACUUGAUUCCAUAUGAUUGCACCAUUCCUGGCAUACCGUCUAAGAUUACACGAACUUCUAGUCCUAGAUUAUGCGAGCUGUAUGAUUGCCCAUUGUUCAAAAGACAAGAAGCAGAGCUUCUAGAUGAGUGGUUGCAGAUGUUUGUGUUUGUGGCUGGGGAUUUCAUGUUGUUAAAGAAGGCUAUCAUUUUCGUGCAUUCUGUUAGUAUCACGACCGUAAACAAGGGACUAAUUAGUAAUUAAGACAUUGGGAGCAUUAGCCAUUUUUGCAUGAAGUCUUCUUUCUUUCAAACACCAUUUUAGGGCCUCUAACGACUCUCCCGCACAUCCCAUGUUUUUAGCUCUGUGGUCCUCCUCCUCCUCCCCCCUCUGAAGGACCACUCGGGAGUUGCGGUCGCAUCCCACAAAUAACAUCAAAUCUAACAUGGCCUCAUCUUGGGCCACUUGUAGGGUAACAUCGUUGCAUGUGAUUGACUUGCGAAUUUGAUGCUUGGUAUGAAUUCAUGUGCUCAUCAAAUUGAUGCUAAUUCUCAUGGUUGUCCCCAACAAUCAUCUUCGUAAAGAAGUUGUAAACUAGCAUUCAUUGGAUGAUCAAUCACUAAAGGCUUGCUUGGUUACAAAGAGAAGUAUGUGUUUCUACAUACAAGUUCCCGGUUUUGAUUUUGAUUUUGUUCAUUGAAACCAAAGAUUGUAUGUCUAGAUAUUUUAUCCUACAGUCGUAUGUACGAGAAUAUUCUGUAUCCGUCUUAAAAUUUUGAGCAAUCAAUUUUUGGUUAGUGA